GCUCCUGCUCCGCUCCAUCCUCGAUCUGAGAUCUGAAAUCGGUUUCCUCUGAUUCAAAUUUAGGGUUUUGAAUUCUCGGGUGAAUUGGCCAUGGAAGGAGUCGCCACGGCCGGUCAGCGCCAAUUAUCCGUUCCGGCGCAGUCCCUCGGGCGGCCUUCGCCGUCGUUCCGGCUCCGCACCGAAAGCCUCAACACCCUCCGCCUCCGACGCGUCUUCGACCUCUUCGACCACAACGGCGACGGCGAGAUCACGGUGAAGGAGAUCGCGCUCGCCCUAGACCGCUUGGGCCUCGGAGCCGACACCGAAGAGAUCCGAGCCACCGUCGAAGUGUAUAUCCCUCCCGGCCGCGCCGGGCUCGCCUUCGCCGAUUUCGAGGACCUCCACCGCGCCCUGGGGGACGACCUCUUCGGCGGCCCACCGGAGGCCGCGGAGGAGGGGGAAGAGGAGGAGGACAUGCGGGAGGCGUUCCGUGUGUUCGACGAGGACGGCGACGGGUUCAUCUCGGCGGCGGAGCUGCAGGCGGUGCUGUCCAAGCUUGGUCUUCCCGAAGGGCGCAGCAUCGCCCGCGUCCAAGAGAUGAUCUGCUCCGUCGAUCGGAAUUCCGACGGUCAGGUGGACUUCGGCGAGUUCAAGCACAUGAUGCAGGGUAUAACCGUCUGGGGAGCCUGAUCAACGGCCCAGAUGCAGCCGACCCACCCUUCCAUUUCUGACUUCAGAUUUUUUUUUUAUUAUUUCAAGUUUUCCUUUUUGUGUGUGUCAGUUUGAUUUGGCUUUUAACUUUAAUUUUAUUUUGAUUUAUCACAAAAUGAAGUUUAAUAUGAAAAAAUAACUGAUUUUCUUAUCAA